AUGGGAAUUGCAGCAAUCACCUCUCCAAAUGGAAAAUAUAUCCAGUAUUCCAUUAAUACUAACGAUUCUAUUCAUCUCCUCGGGAGGACUCCAAACUUGCGUCGCCGCAGAUUCAGGGACCGUCCUAUCCCUCUUGGUCCUCAAGGGAAGAACAACAACAUUGGGUUUGAGGAUUCGGCCCCUAAAAUUCAUGAGCAGCAAAACACUGUUGAUCUACAUUCUGUAGGUAGCAAGCGCCCUCUAUCUCUGGAAGAUGGGGAGGAGGUUGAUGAGGAUUCUGAAAGCCUGAAUAUAUAUAGAAGGAGUCCUGUUCGUGCGCCUUUGGCAAUUCCCACCUACAAUAAAAGAGCACGAAAACUUUCAUGUAAAGGAUUACCAUCCGAUACCGUUACUGAUACCUGUAAAAGCAUUGGUCAACUGCCUGAUGCACCUUCUUUAACAAAAAGGUUGGAGCAGAUAUUGGAAAUGGAAGGAUUGAUGAUAUCAGCGGAUGCAACCAACUUGUUAAAUAAUGCGCUUGAUGUUUACCUCAAAAGAUUGAUUAAACCCUGUUUGGAUUUAGCUGCUUCAAAAUCGGGAAAUAAAUUUAGUGGUCCAAUCCAAUCUGGUUUGUAUGGGCUACCUAUUGGUAGGCGUGUGCAAAAGCCAAUUGUAUCUGUUUCUGACUUUAAAACAGCAAUAGAGUUGAAUCCUACUAUACUAGGGGUAGAUUGGUCACUACAAUUUGAGAAGGUUUGCCUACGUGCAUCCGAAGAAUGA